AUGAUAUAUUUAUAUCAAUUCAUUCUAAUCACAAUUCCUUUUUUCAAACUUAUAUUAUGUGAGUAAUAAAGAAUAUGUGAAAAAAUAAGAAUAGAACCUAAUGAGAUAUAUUUUCCAAGAAAAUAGAAUCAAAUAUUAAUCGAAAAUGAUGAAUAGGAUUCAAUAGGUAUAAAUUAUAAUCAACAUACUAUUGUAAGUGAAGUAUUUAGAAUAAAUAAUUGGGAAAAAGAGCAAAUUAUUUCAAUAAACAUAAUUUAAUCAUAUUGUUUGUUAUCAGAUUUCGAUAAGUUGACUUGUCAGCUCUUAAAAUCUAAAUAUUAUUUUAUUUCUUGUAUAAAAUUAUUGGAUAAUAAGGAGAAUAACACUAGAAAUAUUAAAGAAUAAAAGGAAAUCUAAAUAGAUUUAAAAAUUAAAGAUGAUGAAACAUGUGAAGAAUUUUUCUUCAAUUAAUAUUCUGAAUUUCUUAUAUUUUGCUUUUAAAGUUAUUAAUUGAAAAUAUUCAUAAGAGAUUUUGACAAAAAAACAACAUAGAUUGUACAAUUUCUAAUUGAAUAGAAAGAAAGUGCAUUAUGUAAAAGAAAAUAUUUUAAAAUUGAUGAUAAUCAUUAUUUAAUAGUAUUAUUUUAAUGCUAAAAUUGGGGAGUAGUAUCAUUUUAUAAUAAACAAAUUAAUAUGAUUUUAAAUGAAUAGAUAGCAUAUAACAAUUACUCUUUGUAUAUUAAUUAUCUUGAAAAUAUUGAAAUAUGUUAAAGAUCAUUAUAUUUAAUUAAGGAUAAUGCUUAUUGUCAUUUUGAUCUUACAUAUCAAGGCUAACUACAAUUUUAAGUACAAAUUUCUAAUUAUUUAAAUCUAAAGUAAAUUAUACUUUCAUAGAGUUGUUCAAUUAUUUAUUAAGUUUAGUAUUAUAUUUCAACUAAUAAAACUCGAAUCAAAAAUAAUCAUUAUGAAUAAGAAUUUAAUGGUACUUCUAUAUAUGGAAAUUUGUUUUAAAAUAUCCUUUUUGUUUAAUUUAAUAACCAACUAUAAAUUAUAUAUAACUAAGAAUUUCAAUAAAUUAUUUAAAUUAAUAGUUCUAAAAUAAAUUUUGAUCAUCAAUUUAAUUUGAUAUAUUAUUUUGAUGAAUUUACUAAUGAAAUCAUAUAUUAUCAAUCAUCAUUUCUUAAAAAUUUCAUCAAACCUACUAAAAAGUAUAUUUUUGUAUUUUUUAGUCAAUCAUUAACAAUUAUGUUUAAUUUCUCAUGCUAUGAGAUUAAUUACAUAUUAUAGUAAUAAUUUGAACCAAUUACUUUUUUUUAUUUUAAUAAUAUAUGUUAAAAUAAUUCUUAAUUAUUUUAUAGCAAAAAAGAUUUGAAUUUAACACAUGAGUAUCAAAUAUAACAACCUAUUAAUUUAAAUUUCAAAAUAAAUAUUUUUGAUUCAUAACCCUUUUAAUAAAUUUGUUAAGGAUUCAAAAAAUUCCCAGAAUAAUAAUAAACUUUAUUAUAUUAUGGAUUCCAUAAAUAAUAAUCCUUUUCUUUAAUCAAAACUGAUAAGUAUAUUUAUUAAUAAAAUUGCGAUGGAUAAAUAUAAUUUAGAAUCAAUACCUAAUCAUAUUAAGUAUAUUACUAUUAAAGUUCGAUUCUUUUAUUGUAAAUUGGUAAAAAGAUUUUAAAAUUUACAAAAUUUCAAGAAAUCCAACCAACAACUAAUGUGAUUAGAUUAGAUAAUGAAAUUAUUAAAAUUGAUUAAUGUAAUUAAUUUAUUAUAGUAUUCACCAAAAAUAAUUAAGAGUUUAUAUUGAUUGAUUUAACAUUGCCAAAUAUAAUCAUAAUGGACUCAAAAAUUUAAAGAAUCUUGGACAAUUUAAAUGAAAUGUAUCUCUAAAAAUAAUAAAAUAAUUAACUAAGAUAGGCUUUUUAUUACUCAUAAGUUCCAUUUGAAUUUGUUUAAUAUUUUCAAUAUUUGAUAGUAUAGAUUAACUCAUAAAUUAGAAUGAUUAAAAUAGAUUCUAUUCUAAUUGUCUUACUUAAACCAAUAGUAUUUGAAUAAUAUUAUAUAUUGGGAGUACAUUUGAUUAAUAAUUAAAUAAUUGAAUAAAUUUAUGAUUUAACAUAAAUAUCAAUUUUAAAUACCCACAAUUUGAAUCAAUAUGAAAUUAUUAGACCAAUAUAUUACUAAAUAAAAGAUAAUUACUUUGCCAUAGCUGUUCGAAAUGCUACAAAAACCUUUAUUUUAUUAUAUACUAUAUCAAAUAAAUUACCAAUUAAAUUAGUAAAAUGUAUUCAAAUUGGAAAAGUCUAAUUUUUUUUCCAAAAAUAGUAUCUGUUAUAUUAUGAUUAAGAAGAAGAAGUUAAGAGAUUUAAUAUCGAAGACUUUGAGAUUUAAAUAGAAAAUCCAUAUCCAGUAUAAGUGGAUAAUAUUAAUAUACAAACAAUUGAUUUUUCAAUAAUCCCAAUAAGUAAGAAUGAUCCUAAGAUAGAUUUAGAGUUCUCAUUAAGAUGCUAUAAUAGUUGCUAUGAAUUAUUUAUAAAAAGCAAUCAUGCUAUAUUAAACUAUACUUAAUAAUAAAAAUCUUAAUUACUAAUUAAUAAUUAUUUUUAUGGUCCUAUUGAUAAUCUCUAGAUUAUUGAUAAUGAUAAUAUUAUUAUCGAAGGACCACUAUUACUAUCUGAAGAAAUUCUUGAAGAUUUAAAUCCUUAUGGAAUAUAGAUACAGGAAAUUAAUAUAAGUUCAACUUUCUAAAUAAUUUUACAAACUAGAAUAAUAUUGUUGAAAUUUAAUAAUUACUCUAUGAUAUUAUUUAAUUAAAUGGAUACAUAACUUAUAUUAGAAAAUGAUAUUUUAACAAAUAUAAUUUUAUUGAAUGACGAUACAGUACUAUUGUUAUUUAUCAAAGAAUUUCAGAAUGGAAUAAGAGGAAUUAUUCAUAAGAUUGAUAAAAGAACUUUGAUAUUAUAAGAGAAACCUAUAUUUUAGAUAAGAUAAGAUUUCAAUCACUCUCAAAAUAAAUUUCAAAAUUUUAAAACAGGAGAUAUAAUUGUAAUAAAAAAUAAAACUAAGUUAUUCAUUUAUUUAAUAUAUUAGGAUAGACUUACUUUUAUUAAUUUAUAUUUUAGUAUUGUUGAAAUUCUUAAAAUUAAAGGCAAUAAUUAAUUAUACAUAUCUCUCUCUUUUUAAACUACAACAUAAAUGGUAUUUUUUUAAAUUCUCUUGUUAAAUGAUUUUUAAUUUGAUAUAAUUGGAACAGCAUAACUUACUUGGAAUACUAUUGAAAAUGAAAUAAAAGAACAUAUUCUAAUUAAUUCAAGAAAAAUUAGAUUUGAGGAUACCUAAAUUAUUUUUUUAGAGAGUAUUAUUGAUGAUGAAAAGUUAAGUAUAACCAUUUUGUAAAUCUUUGAUGAUCAUUUAGUUAUAAGUUAAAUUAUUAUUAUAUUGUAAAAUUUUUUAAUUUCAUAUAAACCAAUUAAAAUUUUAAGAAACAGUUUACAAAAAGAUAUUAUGGAAUUAAAAUUUUAUAAUGAAUACUCUUUAAUUUUAAAAUUAUUUUCUGGUGCUACUUACUUUUAUGAUUUAAGAAAAGAUUAAAUACUACAUGAUUAUAUUGGUAAACAAAAUAAAUUGUAUUAAGCUUAUCAUCAAUUCAAUACUACUCACUUCAUUUGUUUUUCAAAUAAUAAUAAAAAUAUAUAUAUUGGAAAGAUUGGCUAUGAAAUUAUAAUAAAUGAGGAAUAUUUAUAAAAUGAUACUUUUAAAUUGGUUGCUUCAAAUAUGAUAUCAUAAAAAGAAGUAAAAAUAUCACUCAAUAGACUAGGUAUAUAUUUAUAAUUAAUUAUAGAAACAAAAAAUCAAAUUUAAAACUAUAGAAUUUUCAUAAUACUAUUGUUAUUAAUAGUUUUGUUAAUUUUAGUUUUUUAUUUCCUUAUAAGAAGAAUGCAACUAAAGAACAAAUCAAUAAAUAAUUAAAGACAUGAUAGAAUAUAAUUAGAUAAUUCAUAAUUAUGA